GCUGAGUGAGGACAGAGCUCGGUGGUAGAAAUAGGCUGAGGAUGCUGCUGCUGUUGCUGCUACGGCUGGCUCUGCGUCAGUCCCGAUGACGUCAAUCUGUCAACCGCAGCAGGAGCAGUAGCGAACCGUCUGCAGGUUCCUAUAACAACAUUCAAGAUGGCGGCCGGAGACGAGUACACUGCAGGUGAAGUUUUGAGAGGACUUGCUCGACAAUUAAACUUUUUAAACGAAGACAACAAGUCGAAAAGGAAAAAGAGUCUUCAGGAGAUAAAGAAGGAAACUGUAGAUAAAGGACUCCCUAGCGAAGUUUUACAAGAGGUUUUCUCCGCUCUCCUCAAGCCUCUUAUCAAAUGUAUGUCAGACUCGAACGAUGCCUGUAGAGAAGCAGCGGUAGAGCUGAUUACAUGUUUUAUUCGCUGUGCCCCCAAACCGGAAGAGCCACUGCCGUAUCUCAUGCCCUGUCUGGCGCAAAGGCUCGGGGAUAAAGAAAUUGUGGAACCGUCAGAGGAGCUCCGUUUGGCUGCUGUGGAGAUGCUGACCCUGACCGUGGAGGUGUGCGGUAAACACUUAGCUCCUUAUCUGACCGACAUGAUCAACAUCCUGCAGAGAACCAUCGUAGAUCCUUUCCCGGAUGUCAGAAGAGAAAGCUGCAAAUGCACAGUGAAGUUUGCAAACAGUAUCCCAGAGCAUUUUCACAUGCAAGCAGAGAGUCUGAUCAGGCCACUUAUGCAGACGAUAGCUCACCAGCGCUACAAAGUACGAGUGGCUGUCAUUGAAGCAACCGGAGAAGUCAUCCAGCACAGCAGCGGGAAGAACGUGGAUGAUGUUCUCUCUCACAUGGCACAAAGACUGUUCGACGACUCACCACAGGUGAGAAAAGCGGUGACUGCAGUAGUUGGUGGUUGGCUACUUCGCAUGAGAGACAGAUACUCGUAUUUCAACAAACUUAUCCCUCUUCUCCUGAGCAACAUCAGUGACGACAUCCCCGAAAUAAGACUUCUGGCAGCUGAUUUAUGGAGACAAGUGGGUGAACAGUGGGAGAAGGAAAAUGAGGAGGACAUCAAGGACAAGAUGGACUUCCUUCUCAGCUCACCUCCUUUCUAUCCUGCAGGAGUGGAGCGUCCAGGGCUGGGCUGCAGGGAGCUGGUGGUAAGAAAUCUGACCAGUCUGGUGCCGGCAAUCAGCAAUGAUGUAACCGACUGGCUGGUAGCCACGAGGGUCAGGGCAUCACAGUUGCUCUCUGUGCUGCUGCUCCACGCUGAGGACCACUGCACUCAGUACCUUCAGCCUCUGCUGGCCACAGUCUACAAGGCCUGCACUGACUCAGAGAAGGACGUGGUCAACAAUUGCCUGUCUGCUGCAAAGCUGCUGGGCAUGUUUGUUCCUCCAUCAGUCUUUCUCAAGCUGCUGUUGGACCAUGUGACAUCACCCUACUCUUCCUCCCACCCCUGGUGCCCUCUGAUGGUGUUGGCUUGGGUGCUGGACGGCUGCCCCCAACCCCUCCUAAAACCACAUCUUGAGCAGAUCGCCAGCACACUGGCCCAGCCCGAUGUCUGCCAGGAAUAUCAGCAGGUUGUGUACUUGGACCAGCUGUUGGCCUGUGUGGACAUUCUGCUGCGUCAGUGUGAGUCAGACUGUGGCUCAGUCAGCCUACAGCUCCUGCAGGUGCUGGUCAGUGUCCAGAGUCUGUCGACUGAUGCACCGCUCAAUGAGAAGGCCUUGGACAGCAUACAUUGCUUGUGUAAGGUGCAGGGCCUGGACUCCGUGACAGAUAUCUACAGACAACAUAUGGCCCAGCUGCUGGACUGGCUGUCUGCCUCUGUCAACACCUGGUCCUGCUGCUCUCUGCCGAGACUCCAACUGCAUGUCAUAGUCGUCCAGUCAGGUCCAGUGAUUGGUGAGUUUCUGCACCAGCUGAUGCCCCUGCUGCAGACCUGCCUCCAACCAGACAGGGAACCUGAAAUGAGGCUGAGCACCUUCACAAUGCUGGCAAAGCUGCUCGUGGAUGCAGGCAACACACUGGAUUCACAGGGGCGUUUUUGUGACGAGGCUGAGAAGUUCCUGUGCGAUGUCCUGCUUCCUAAUCUAGUGUGGCGGGCGGGGAGAACCGCUGGUGCCAUCAGAACUUCAGCCCUCAGCUGUCUCCUGGCUCUGCUGCACGGAGGGGCCAUCACACCUGAUCUGCUGCUGAGUCUUGAGGAGAAGCUCAGACCAACGCUGUUGUCGUCCCUGGAAGAACACUCUCAGAUGAGCAGGCUGUUUGCUUGUCGCUCUUUGUCUACAGUGCUGAGACUCAUAGGAAACAGACUGCACUGCGAGGCCUUCAACAAGAUCUACCCUGAGCUACUGAAACGUCUGGACGACAGCAGCGAGGAGGUCCGUGCUGCUGCUCUGCAGGCCCUGGGACAGUGGCUGUCCAACCUGAGCAAAGACUACGACCCUGAGUUCAUGGUGUCUCAUCUGCAGCUCCUGUUCCAGCAGCUGCUUCUGCACCUGGAUGACCACGAAGCCUCAGUUCAGGAAAAUGUGUUCGAGAUCCUGAAGAAAGCAGUACAGGUUCACCCUGCUCUGCUGAAGAAGGAGGUGGAGACGGUGAGGGGCGUCCAGAGGAGUCCUGUCUACUGUGACCAACUGCUGCAGCUCAUCGGCUCUCAGCCCACAGACACUAUUGACCUCAGGGACCAGAAUCACUUGCUCCACAAAACGGGCGACCUUCAUUUGGAGGGAACAGUUUCAUAAACAGAAAAACCUUUGCAAGGUCAGAGUAAAAAUAAACCCUGGG